AAUUUCUCCAAAUAUUCACAAAAAUCACUCUAUUACUCAUACUAAUACUAGUAAAUUAAGCAAUAAAUUAUCCACCUAAUGUCCCCUAACUCUUCACUGCUACCAUACUAGAACGGGUGGCAGCAAAGACACCUGCCUUCUGCUGCUGCUGCUGUUGCAAUUGCUAUUGCGGAUCGCAGUUUUCCUCUUCCUGAACGGGUCCAAUUCCUUUGUGGACUUCACCGAUCAGGCCUGCAUUCUUCUGGUUUGGUGCCAAGAUGGUGGCUCAGGGUUUCACAGUUGAUUUAAACAAACCUCUUGUCUUCCAGGUAGGUCAUCUUGGAGAAUCUUAUCAGGAGUGGGUUCACCAGCCUAUAGUUAGCAAGGAAGGUCCCCGAUUUUUUGGAAGUGACUUUUGGGAGUUUUUAACCCGCACAGAAUGGUGGGUAAUCCCCAUUGUUUGGCUCCCAGUUGUAUGUUGGUUUGUUUCAAAGUCGAUUGUGAUGGGUCAUACACUUCCUCAAAUAGCUCUGACGGUGGUAACUGGAAUCGGUGUAUGGACUUUGCUAGAAUACACUCUACAUCGUUUCCUUUUCCACAUCAAGACGAAAAGUUAUUGGGGAAAUACCAUACAUUAUCUUCUUCAUGGUUGCCAUCAUAAGCACCCCAUGGAUGGUCUGCGCCUUGUCUUCCCUCCUGCUGCAACUGCUGUGCUGUGCUUACCUUUCUACAACUUAGUAAAACUCAUUUCUACUCCUUCUACUGCUCCUGCUUUGUUUGGAGGUGGUUUACUGGGUUAUGUGAUGUAUGAUGUAACCCAUUAUUACUUGCACCAUGGGCAGCCUACAAGUGAAGUGCCAAAAAACUCAAGGUAAAGAGAUACAAAUCCAUCAGAACAACUUGAGUCUCAUUACAUUUCUCAUUUACAUGUGUGUAAAAAACAAUCUACAUACUAAAAAUUAUGUACAAACUCGGAUCGUAGAUACAUGCUAUCAUUUUAGUAGAAACAAUUUGCAUAGACUUGCAUUAGCCCCAUAUCUAGAAUGAUCUGUCAUGAACAAAUCAAAUUUUCCGUUGCCCGUAUGAAUUCUUGAUUCAGUUGGGGCCGUUUUGUCACCUGAACCUGGAAGAAGGUAGGAAUUUCUCCACUGCACAAGUGGUUUGAUCUGCAUAUCUUUCUGAUCAUCUCUCUUUUGCAGAAAUAUCAUUUGAAUCAUCACUUUCGUAUCCAAAAUAAAGGCUUUGGUAUCACUUCCUCAUUAUGGGAUAAGGUCUUUGGAACACUACCAACCUCAAUGCCAGCUGAGAAGAGCAGAUAGUUUGAUGUGUAAUAACUUAGUAUUC